AUGGCAUAUGAGAUUGAAGGAAGGAAUCAUUGUGAUACACAUCGUAUCUUGACUGCUACCUCAUUGGAAUUGAAGAAAACACUCUUAGAUUUGGAAGAAAGAGAGGAAGUAAUGAAAAACAACCCCGGUCAUGCCAGCCAAACCAUGCAGAGAGAGACCAUCGACUCCAGAGAUUCAUUCAUGGUGGCACUUCAUAAAGUAUUAGGUAAUCCUAAUCACCACCAACAGCUAUUCCUGACCUACAGUUCUUUACAAGAUGCUGCCAACAACAUUGAGGAUGAAGUGUUAGCAGCAAGAACUAGUGUAGCUACAAUAUCAACAGCCAAAGAUCAGAGAAUGGCAGACCUAGAGAGGCAACUAAAGAUUUAUGAGAAAGUGCUCUAUUCUGGAUCAUCCACCUCUAAGGGGUUACCACAGCUAAGUUCUCCUCAACUUGUGGACAUGAUGACAAGACUUGAGGCCAUGUUGAGCCGAUUAGAGACCACCAUCAGGGACACCAUUACUGACGUGGAACAGAAGAAAAAGAUUCUCAAGAGUGAUCCACUUCAAAUAAAGGGGCGAAAUCUCUUUGUUUUCUUCAUGAAUGACUUCGCUAUGUUGCAACAAGCAAUGGUGGAAAUUGAAACUCGAUGGGAAGCAAAUCGUGUCAGCACAGAGAGACAAUGA